UUGAAUAGGCCCCUUUGUUAAUUACUGUCGUGCAUGAUGAUCGGAAUUAAAAAAAAAACGAAGAGGUGCAUCCCACUAUCGCUCUUUACACCCUCAUUUGCAAUCUAGCGGCUAGGUGGAAUCUAUCUGCAAUCCAACGGUCAGGUGGAAUAGAGGUGAUGUGGAUCACUCCUGGAGAAGGAAAUUAGUUUUAAUUGUAGUUAGUGGGAUGACCUAUAUAGAUAUAUAUAUAUAUAGGAUACUGUUCUUAUUCGCAAUAUUAAAAUAUAUUUCAAUUAUUUAAAAAUUGUUUAUAUUUCUGGACAGACGAAAACAAACAAUAAUCCCCGUGUCCUCGCAGUGAGGCUCGCACCGCCCAGCAUCCUUGGAAACAGAGUGAGCGUCCAAAACCGGCGGCGACGCGCUCCCCGUUUCGCCGCUUUCCGCUCAUCUCGCGUAUAAAAACAUGGCGUCUCCCCUGACCACCACGCCUCCACCACCUCCGCAUCACUAGCAAGCGCAAGCGCCGCGCACUGUGACCGAGCGGAGGCGGAGGCGGAGUAGCCGGGUCGGGAACUCGGGAUGGCGAUCUGCGGGGCGAAGGCGGCGGCGCCGUCGCUGGUGGUGGCGGCGAGCAUGGGCGCCGUCGAGGCGCUCAAGGACCAGGCGGGCCUCUGCCGCUGGGACUACGCCCUCCGCUCCCUCUACCUCCGCGCCGCCGCCUCCUCGCCCAGGCUGCGUUCCCCCCUCUCCAACACCGCCGCCGCCGCCGCGCGGCCGCCGGCGGAGGAGGCCGCCGACGUGAGGCUGCGCAAGGUCCACCACCUCGUCUGCUGGGGCCCCAACUGAUUUAUAUUAUAUAUACUCAUCUCACAUCUUCCUGAAGAACAUAUGCCACUCGUCUCGUCGUCUUCCUCUGAUCUCUGUGCAGUGUAGUGCUCUUCUCUUCUCUUUUAGCUGUGUUGCAUCUCGAUCGAUCGCUUGCUUGAUUGCUCCAUCCUCCGUCUCUGUGAUCUGCAUGUUCAGUUUCGUGCAGAUUCGACCCGUUUGUGAAAAUGUUCUGCCGCUUACAUGUAUCUUCAUCCUUAUGCAUGGAGAUCUAGCUAGCCUCCUAUUCCCUCUGUUCCGAAAAUAAAAUCAACUUCGUACGAGAGUAGACUGGAGUCCUUGUAGCCCUCCAUUUUCUCAUUUACUAAUUUUGGAAAAAAAAAUCAGUACCAUCUUGAGAUCUUGAGACUGGACUUAAAAAACCAAAUUAAAGAGAAAGAGAAUAUGUUAGUUAAUUGCAUGGAUAUAUACAUGCUUGUAUUAUAAGACAUCUGAAAAAAUAGUUACGUCUUAUGUUUAUGUUUUGAGAUGAAAGGAGUACUAAUCAAGUCAAGAGCGCCUUAAUUUCA